AUGGCGCGCUUGAGCCAAGAGGCGGACCGCAGCGCCGCCACGCCCGCCUCCGGGUCGCGCAGGUCGUCGCUGAGCGGCCAGCCGCCCGGGCAGCAGCUGCCGCCCCUCGGGGUCAGGUCGGCGCCGUGCAGCGGGAGGCCGACGCCGCCGCCCCGCCCCGCCUCCAGCGGGAGCCAGGAGGUGCAGCCUUGGCUGGACCGCGGCCACGUCACCUCGGAGAGGACCUCCGCAACGCUCGGCAGGGAGGAAAGCGUUCUCAUAGCGAGCACCACCGGCUCGAGCUACUGGGGGGAGGUGCGCAAGAACCUGCGGACGCAGAGGGUUGAGGUGAACAACAUCUCGCAGGUGGAGGAGGCGCUGGCGGAGCACCGCGAGGAGCUGAGCGUCCCGUACAAGUCCCUGGGUCAGCGGCUGGGCGCCGUGAUCGAGAAGUGGGUGAUGAACCCGCGCAACCGCAACGCCACCCGCGUCUUCGACCUCCAGAAGAACCACCUGGGCCUGCUCGGCACGAAGUCGGUGCUCAAGGCGGUCAAGUGCGGACAGGUGACCCGCCUGAACCUCGCGAGGAACAUGCUGGGCCCAGACGCUGGGAAGAUCAUAGCCGAGGUGCUCAAGGCAAACCCCAAGCUGCUCGUACUGGACCUCCGCGGCAACCCGCUGGAGGGCGAGGGCUGCGCCGCCAUCGCAGAUGCGCUGGAGACCAACACCACCCUGACGGACCUGGACCUGUCCGAAACGGGCCUCGACCCCGCCUCGGGCCAGAGAAUCGCGACUGUACUGCGCCGAAGCAACCUCCGCAGGCUAGUGGUAGACGGCAAUGGGCUGAACUCCAGCACCCUUGCCAUGAUCGAGGCGUCCCUUUGCUUCCAGCCGGCGAUCUGGAACGGCAGUGCGAAGGCGACGGUGGCGUUGGAGAAGGCGAUUCGGCUGGACCCCUCGGUCGGCCCAGACAUGGUGACGGACUUCCUCGCGGCGGUGGUCAACAACUGGCCGAGGGACGACCCCAACGAGACCUCGAGCGUGGUGGCAGCACUGCAGGCCCCCCUUGCUGUGCAAGAUAGGGUGCUGGACAGUGCCGGCACCUCUAGCGAGGACACGAGCAAGAGCAGCCACCUGCUGGAGUACAGCAGCUCCCGGCUGUCCGAGCUCUGCCAGCUCUAUCUGCCCCUGGGGAAUGCCAGGUCACACAGCAAGGCGUCGAGACCCGCGGGCGAGAGCCUGGCUGGCAGCUGGGAGCAGGUGGACCUGCCCCGCGGCCGGUUCCCCGCGGACGGCCUGCUGGUCCUGAACCUCACGCCCUUCCCGGUGACGGUGGGCAAG